UUUACACGCAUGAAGCUCGGUUGGUCGUCCCUCAUGAUUUGCUGCAUGGCGCUGGCUGCAGCCCAACGCCCGGCGUGCGAUCCAGCCACCGUGUCGCCACCGACCACCCCAGUUGUCGACCCAACGCCGACGACGACACCGGCUGCGACGUCCGCGACACCGACACCGACUAGCAUCGCUCCCAUCGCUCCGUCGGCCACGCCAGUGGUCGACCCAACGCCGACGACGACACCGGCUGCGACGUCCGCGACACCGACACCGACUAGCCCCGUGCCGACGACGGUGGUGCCACGAACACCCGCGCCAUGGGUCGAUCUCGGUGGCAAGUUGUUCACAGACUUGUUCUUUGACGGUGUCAACGCAUGUGCGCUCGUGGCUACCAGCACCAGCACCUCCGUCAUGUAUGGGCUGCCGUCGCGCGCCAUUGAGACGUGGGCAUCUGUCAACAUCGACGACUUUGCAGUCGACGCGAGCCGACCGUGUGUGAACGGCGUUGUCUACGGCACCAGUCCAAAAGAUCCCGUCGUCUUUGCGCGCAACUUGGUCACCAAGGUGACGCAGUCGCCAAGGCGUCGGCGUCCUGAAACAUUGUCUCUCGAUGCUGCCGUGCUGGGCAAGAUCUACCGGCUCGUUGUCGCUGGCAACACAGUCUUUGUCAUGGGCGCGUCGCUGGAACUCUACGUGACAACGCUCAACACGACGACGUGGUCACUCGCACCACUCACGCCGGUGCCAUCAGCCUCCAAAGUCUAUCGCAUUAGCUCCGACGGCAACCGGGUGUGCUAUGUGAGCAAUCAGGCCAGUCUCUACUGCUCGACGCUGGCGUCCGGUUUGUCGACCUGGACGUUGCUGGGCCGACCGUUCAACAGCCCCGCUGUGUACGGUGACGCUCUGUACGCACUCUCGUGGGCCACCCCGACAAUGGGACAUCUCUUCGCGACGACCGUCGCCUAAGACGAUAUGUUGUACGAGUUGGUUGCCAGUAUUCAUAAACGAUCGCAUGCGACCCAUAAACUCCAUUAA